AUGAAGUAAUAUGAAGAAGAUUACUUGAAAUGUUUAUAGAAGCGCAUAAAAGGAAUUAAGUGAGAAUGGGUUUUGUACACUUAUAGUUAUACAAAGGACCAUUACAGUUUAAUCUGAAAAUAAGAUAUAAAGUAGAAAAUUAAUAGAGAAUAAUAGAUUAACAUCUUAACCUUGCUUAUCAUCUAAAAUAGGUAGUUUUGUGACUGCCACAAGUGAUUUCUAAUCUCUUAUGCAAUAAAUAUAUGACCAUUAAGUAUUAGAAUUGAAAACUAUAGAUAUAUAAAAUUCAAAUAUUUCUUUCUAGAUAAGUUAUACUACAAUCUUUAGUCAGAAAUUAUUAAUCUUAAAUAAAAAAUAAAAUUAAAGGCAAAGAUUUGAUGAUUAAAAAAUUAAACUACUUCAUAUAAUUAAUCAUUGA